ACAUCGCGAUGAGCUCCGUAGCCGAUGUUGCGGCGAAGUUCCGGAGAAAAAAGUCAGAAAUGUAAUCCCGAAACUCAAAGCGAUUAGCCGCGUAUAUGGGAAUAUUCUGGCUCAAGAAGUCGCACCUGUCGUGAGGAAGAGGCUCGCCAUGGAUAAACUGUCUUUGAUAUCCGGAACUCUUUUCAUUUGUGCCAACGUUUUUGCGAUUCUCAGUCUCAUCCUACCGGAUUGGAUCAUCAGUGAAGUUGGAGGGGAUACUCGCCUGGGACUUUUGCAGACUUGCAUCACAAUAUACGGUCGCAAUGGGCUGACAUGUUAUCCGCCGAAACUCCAGAUCGAGUGGAUGAUAACUCUGACAUGCAUAAUUCUCGGUUGCGGAUGCAUCACUGCAACGACGAUUCUGCUGGCUCUUGCUCAACGUAGUGCCGCUAUCGCUUACUACGCUCGAUGGUCCGGUUUUGCUGCCAUGGUUCUGUUCUGUUUCGCCGCCGUCAUCUUCCCGAUCGGUUUCGGCACCGACCAAAUAGGCGGAGAAGCCUAUCAAUUGCCCUCAUCUCAUCAAGUUGGGAUCUCGUAUAUUCUCUUCAUCCUCGCCCUGUGGAUAACCGUCAUCUCGGAGCUAUUCGCGGGGAAGGUUUGCAUGCCCCACUUUUGAUGGAACCCACAUUUCUCCGAGGUCCUGGGGCGGAGUACACCGGUCUUCUCAGGAAAUUCGAGGAGGUCUCCGCCGUGGAUCAUGCAACUGUCGACUCAAAUCAACAAAAGUAUUCAACGAUCUGUGAUUUUGUUGGGGAGAUGCAUCGGAACCUUCAGAGAUCGAGAAUCUCAGGAAAUGACCCAACGAGACUCAGCGAGGUCAGGAACCCUCCUGAUAGAAGACUCCAUUCAAAAGCUUUAAAGAAUCACAGAAGACGUGGAAAUGUACAGGAAUGAAUGAGUAAUAAAGAUCUACCGUGAGGAUGACCAUAUUUGA